UCUCUUUCUCUAUAAAGCGCUUUGGUUUUUCCUCCACAAGCUCUACGAUGUCGGAAUGAGGACACAGGUUGAGCCAAACAUAAUGCUGAGGUGAUCUCCUACAAGUACUAAGGAGAGACUGCAGCAUCUUUUUUGUUUUUGUUUUUGCACUCCAUCAUUCGCUGUAUUGUUGUCCGGACACCUCUAAAAACAACACUAUUUCUUCGCCUGCCGGCUUUGUCACAUGAUAUUAUUGCUGGGUCGACUUUGAAGUUGCUGCCAUUACUUGUCUGCUUCUUCUUAUAAAUAUCUCUUUCUCUCUCUUUCUGUGUAGAACUAGAACCAGGGGGAAAAAAAAAGAAAAAUGCCUUCAUUGUGUGAUGCUUUUAGGAGUAUUCCCAUGAGGUUCAAGAUGGAGCCUGAUAUAAAUCUAAUGAAAGAGGUCCCUGAAUUGUAUGUGUGGCCUCAAGAAGACCAACUUGGUGUGGAGGCCCAGAGCUAUGGUGAUGGUGAUGGUGAUUGUGGGACCCCUGUUAUAGAUUUGCAGGGUGAAUUCGGGUGCGUGGUGGAGCAAGUGAGAGUUGCUUGUGAGAAGUGCGCUGUGUUUCAGAUUGUUAAUCAUGGAGUGGAGAAGGAAUUGGUGGACAGACUUAACAAGCAAAGCCACCGCUUGUUCUCGCUUCCCCUGGACCAAAAGAUGUUGGCCCGAAGAUCUCCAGAUGGAACCACUGGCUAUGGCGUCGUUCGAAUUGCUAACUUUUUCACCAAGCUCAUGUGGUCCGAAGGCUUUACUUGGGUCGGCUCUCCUUCCCACCACGCUAAACUCCUUUGGCCCCAUGAUUAUCAGGGCUUUUGUGACGCGGUGGAGGAGUACGAAAAGGCAAUGAAAAAGCUCGCAAGGAAGCUGUUCUCAGUCAUACUGCAAAGUCUUGGAAUAAAAGGAAGGCACUAUGCAAGGUGGUGCGAGGAUGAAGAAGGAUGUGCAGGAGCAUUACAGAUGAACCAUUAUCCUUCCAGUCCCUGCCCAUCUCAGACAAUGGGCAUGGCGCCACACACAGACUCUGCCCUUUUAACCAUCCUCUACCAGGGCGGCGUUGAAGGCCUUCAGGUCAAGCGCUCUGAUGGCGCUUGGAUGCUUGUCCCUGCUCUCCCCGAUGCAUUUGUUGUUAACAUUGGUGACCUUCUUCAGGUUAUAAGCAACGGGAGAUACAAGAGCGUUGUUCACCGGGUAGUAAACAAUAGGAGGGAUCGGUUUUCGUCGGCAUAUAUUUGGGGGCCUCCAUUAAAUGCAGUGAUAGAGCCUGCAGCAGAGGUGGUGGAUUCAAAACAUCCUCGGCUGUACAGAUCGCUUACAUGGCAUGAAUAUCUGGUAGCCCGAGCCAAACAUUUCAGCACAGCUCUUCAAUUAUUCACCACAACUCCAGUAGAAAACCUGACAUGAUGUUGUUCUUUCUUCUUUUGGAGCUUCCCUUUGGAAUGUGUAAAAAGAUAAGUUUACCUCACGGGAAGGACCCCUCAGUAGAUUACAAGGCUUUUUUUUGUCGCCAACAACGCAUUUGUCUUUUGCGUCCUUAUGGCUCGUGUUAAUUAGUCAAAGCAUUGUAUAUUGUUGCUAUGCGACACUUACGGUACAAAUUUUGCGAGGAUCUUGUGAUGUUGCUCUUCUUUGUCUUUUACUUAGAAGUUAGAGAGCAAACAAGUGAGGGAGGCAAUGGCUAAUGUACUUUUGACAAAUCUUUUGGAGGUCACCAUCAUCUAUUAUGGUAUAUAUUCUUCUCUCA